AAGUAAUAGCCCAUCAAUUCGUCGCAAGUAGUACAUUUAGUUUUAAAAGCUGAACAAGUCCAAGAACCUCUUACGAACUCCACAAUAAUUUUAAUAAAAAUGAAACUCUUCUUUUUAUUGAUAUGUUUUUUCUUCGUGGAUGUUUUGGCAGACGAAGAUUUAGAUAAUUAUAUGAGUUAUUUUUACCUUUCAACUACUAGCAUCAAACGUGCUUAUUCUAUGAAUAAUGUAACUAUAGGGGAUCGAUCUGGAUUAAAUGGAUUGGAGCUUGUAAUUGAGGCAAUGGUUGAUGAUACAAAUAAUGCCCUUGAAUACGCGGAAUUCUGCAAAAUUAAUUUUUUGAUCGCUAUACCGGAACAAACGGAAAUUCUCCCCAGAAUAGCGGAACUUUCAUUUCUUCCCCCAUUGUUAAAAGCCAAUUAUUUUUUACGAAUGAUGAUACAACUCAUGGACCGUUUACUAGGAAUUAGAAUGGAUGGAUAUAAAAAAGACCUAAAUAUGGAAACAUUGAAAUCUUAUGCAGACUAUAGGAGAACAUUUGUUGUUCCUGCUUUAAAAAAUCGAAUUCAAAGUCGUUUAUUAGAUGGAUCUGUGCAGCAUGUAGAUGAUGAAGCCUCUUUAUUAGCUAAUUGCCGUUUGUUAGGGUUAUACUUGAGUACACAAUCUCCAGAAUCAUUUAUAGUAGGAGUUAAGAUUGACUUAACUGACUUUACAUGUACGUUUACGGACAAAAAUGAUGCCGAAAGGAGAUACAGAAAAAUUGAUAACGUAUGGUCCGAAAUAAGCAUGGAAAACCAAGUCAUAAAAUCACUUGAGCAACAGUUACGGUUUGGAUAUCCACAAGGUCGACCCAUAUCCUAACCUAAUGUUAGAAAAAAACUGGCAUCUACAUUCUGUUCAAUCCAUUAUAUAUUAUAAUUUAUCUUAUCAUUAUCACUUAAUUUAUUAUAAUAUCUGAAAUUUGAAAUAUUAUUUAUAUUCUUAAGCUGAUAGGUAAAGAACCGUUUGUGGAUUUUUUCAAAAACGUAUUCCACAUUAUACAUUUUUAAGUACAUAUUAUUGUAUGUCGAUUUCUGUUUUACGUCAUAUCUACAAAUAAAAUAAAUAAUCAC